AUGGCCGUUACAGCAGAACCACUACAGUCCCCCUCGACAGUACUUGGGUCUGUCCGAAAGACCAUCUCAUCAUUCGAACUCCUGAUCACUUGCAACCCCCCCAUCCUCGAAUCACUCCUCUCUCAACUGCCGACUGAGACCAUCUUCAGGCUCUACCAGACCUCUUCUUACCUACGAGACUUCUUUUCGAGAUCUCCCACCUCCUGGCGAUAUAUCUCAUGGCGUCUGAAUCAACCCGCGGUCACGGCCACGGCCGGCGUCGUCGCCAACGUCAUUGGAACUGGACCCAGGCAAUCGAGCAACUACGCCCUUGAUCAAAUCAUCCUUACAGUCAUAAACCCAUUCAGCACGAGACUCGUCAGCCUAGAGCUAGACAAUACUGCCGUUAGUGGGACAACCUUGACAUCCACCGUGUUGAUCUUGAGGAGAGAGACUCUUCGCCAUGUGUCGGUGCGUGGGUGCAAGAACGUCUCUUUAAAAUAUCACAUCAACCCUUGGUUACAAAUGCAUGCGUUAGCUCGCGAGUCUCCAGAUGCCAGAGGCCCCCCCGGGUUCGAAACAUUGGCUUUGAAGAGUCUAUACACCUAUCGAUGCCGCCAUCAUAGGAGAAGGCCGUAUCUGCCCAGUAGUCUCGCACGCAAAGAGAGCGAUAGUGAACCUACUCAUGAACUGGUCUUGACAUGUCACAAACUGGGUAUCUGGACGGAUACAGCCUGGUGUACCACACCUGGAGCCAGGUGCUAUCGUCGGAGAGGAUAUGUGAAACUGCGCAUGCCCCAGGAUCCCAGGGAGGUCUGGGUGGUCUACGAUCGCUUGUGGAGAAGUCGAAACUGGCUGGGUCCGGUUGACCAGACCAAAAACCCUGUUUUGAAUAAGAAGCGAAAACGCGACUGCAGGAGUUGGGAAGUUGACGAGGAAGGCAUGAACGGUGAAGCUAUUGGUACAGGCCCCGAGGGCAAGUCAACGCCGGCGCAUCUACGAGAGUCUCAUCGAAAAUUUGUCGAAAACAUCACUUGCCACAACUGUUCGGCGGAGAUCCUGGAGCGGUGUGAACAGUGCUCGGUCAUGAUGCACUGUGUCGGGUGUAGAAAGACACUAUGUGCCAGUUGCGCCUUUGACCGACCUUACUUGCGAAACAAAAAUGCUCCGGAGGAAGAGAGAAACAAAUUCUGGUGGGCUCCCGGAUGUGCCGUCUCGCCUUGUUCCAUGCAGGAUCAGGAUCUGCCUCCCGAUGGAGCUGUCAACGGCAACCAAAACCUGAACACAAACACUCUUCCCAGCAUCAAGUUCAAAUGGUGCUGUACAGAGCCAGUGUUCUCAGGUGGCGGUGGCAUUACCUUCAUGAACAGUGCGAAUCGAGACAGUGAUCGUAUCCGUGCGGCACCGCUCCCAACUGGACAGGGAUGGGAUGACCCCGAGUUCUUAAAUGAUCCUCCCCAUCUUGCUAAAUAUACAGCAGAUGCUACAGCUAAAGAUGGUCCCGCAGGCCGUUGGACGUCCAUCAAUGUUUUAUUUCACACUGCUACAUAUGUGAGCGGCGGAGACCAUCCCGCCUCGUCGGUGCCCCGGGUUUUGUGCGACGAGUGCUAUGCCUCCGAAAGCUGGAAGGUCAAAUGCAAGGCUUGUUCGACGCCGAUUUGUAUCAAGCAUGAUAUUGGCGAGCGUGCCCGAGCUAGGCUUUGCGGCUACAAAGAACUGACCAUCGAAAAGCAAGAGUAUAAGUCGCGACAGAAGGCUACGAAGUUGCUGGCCACCUUGAUGCGACACCGAAGAGAGAAGGAAAUGGCAGCAGAACAAGAGGAGAACGCUGAGGUUGGGAUGACCGUCAGCACACCAAAAGCUGGGAGAAGUGCCCUCAAGUCGGGUCCGCCCUUCACUCCGCUCUCCUCCUUGUCAGUAGCAGGUACCUCAGCCCAAGAAGCUUCCGUCGACGCUGAGUUUGGAAGUGUUUCGAGAUCGCUGCGAACCCCACUGGCAGAAGUUGAUCGACUCCAGCGUCCCUUGUCACCAGCUUCAAACAGCACCGGACCCCCGUCUCGAUCCACGUCCCCCUCGCCGUCCGCACAUUCACUACCCGCGACGCCCAAGGCGAGCCGCCGAGGGCCCCCUCAAAUCGACCCAAGCCCUAGUUGGCAAGGGUGUCAAACAGUUUUCUGCCCGGCGUCACGUUCCGCUCCCGGCGACCACAGGCGACGGUGUACAGCGGUCAUCAAGCCUUGCAUGGAAUGCAAAGUUUACGUUUGUGGUGACUGUGCAAACAACUUCGAACCUCCGUGUCCUUGUAAGGGGUGUCGGCCUCCACAGACAGAAGGGGACAGCUCCGUAUCUACAAACCUCCCGCCGAACACCGCGUCGACCGAAACACCUCCGUUUUACUGCCCCAACUGCCGGUUGGAGAGAAUGCUUACAGGAAAAUGCAGACUGAAGGCGCCUCUCUUUGUGGCUGCCCGUGCAUGGCGUGGCAAGAAGCAGAAGAAGCGGAAGGACAAGAUACGUAAACCUCUCGAAGCCCGACGGACGAGCCUUGGAUCAGGAGGAAAUCCCUCCAGUACAGAAGAGGCGAUUGAUGGGCUAGUGGAAUUUUUCACGAGCCUAAACACUCAGUAUCCUGGUGCGAGCCAUGACCAAACCGAAGCGAGCGGACCGUCGCGGUCGGACAAUGGGGGCCAAAUAGAGGGCGGUAGCAACCGGCAGGAGAUCCAAGAGUUGGAAGACAUGGGCGCCCUGGCUCGAGAUUUGAUCCGCCGAAUCCAGCGGUUGAGAGAACAAUUUCCCCCUGGGUCUUUGGCCGCUCUGGCGCUGCCAGAUAUCCGAUUGGAAGACGAGGCAGAGGUUGCUGUCAGGAUCGCACGCACAGCGAGCGACGCCGCCCAAGUGACGACGUACCCACCGCUGCUACUCCAGAUGGCAGCACACCUAGCUGAUCCUCACGCUCACACUGCACCCAUCACGCUGGCUCCGAUCCCUUUGCCGCCGAUCGAGAACGGCAAUGUCAAUAGCCCUCAAACCACACUCGGACAGGCUGGGCACCAGACCCAAGGUGUGCUUGAGAACGGAGUCGUCCCUGCUGGACCAGCGGAAGUGCGCGAAGAGGCAGAAGUAGAGGAUGAAGAUGAUGGAAAUCUCGAGGAGAGGGAUUCAAGCACAGAAUAA